GCCCGCUGGCACGGACGCGCGGUCGUGGUCAAAGUACUUAACAAAAAUAUUUUUUGGCCUUCUAUGUUUUAGAAAAUAACACUGUGUACUAUAGCGGUCCGUGCGAGUUUCGGUGUUUUGCUGUAUCGAAAUGUCUUCGUGCCGUGUAGCGGCGUGCGUGGCGGCGCUGGCAGCAGUCAGCUGCGCGCUGCCACAUACUGUCCUCGCCCUGGACCUCAACAGGCUCUACGGCCACCACACUAAGCGCUCCGAGUACUGUCACCCGUACGAGCCGUUCAAGUGUCCUGUGGAUGGUAACUGCAUCUCCAUCCAGUACCUCUGCGACGGAGCUCCGGACUGCAUCGAUGGAUACGAUGAAGACUCCAAGCUUUGCACUGCUGCUAAAAGACCACCUGUUGAAGAAACAGCAUCCUUUCUCCAAUCAUUACUGGCGUCCCACGGGCCCAACUACCUCGAGAAGUUGUUCGGCAGCAAGGCACGAGACGCCCUCGAACCACUAGGCGGCGUCGAAAAGGUCGCUAUUGCUCUCUCAGAAUCCCAGACCAUUGAAGACUUCGGUGCCGCAUUACAUCUAAUGAGGUCGGACCUGGAACACCUACGCUCGGUAUUCAUGGCAGUGGAGAAUGGUGACCUUGGCAUGCUUAAAUCUCUUGGCAUCAAGGACUCAGAACUUGGCGACGUAAAAUUCUUCCUGGAGAAGCUGGUGAACACAGGAUUCUUGGACUGAAUAGGACCGGAGUCUGCCUCUGAUUACUAUCACGUCGUCCAAUUUGCCCCGUUAAGCUCAUCCUUCUACAGCUACCUUCCUUACGACUCCAUCAAAUAUAGGAGAAAGUAAAUCGUACCUUUAUCUUCUUACCCGUGCGAUUGUUGAAUGUGUGAACCUAUAUAUAAUAUUUAUAAUCAAAAUAUUUCGAGAAAUGAUUUUGAAAAUCAGAAUUGACUUCUACAACCGGCCACGUAGACUUUUCUGAUUCCAUAAAUCAUUUCUCUGCAUCCCCAUUGGCUUACAGAAAUAUUAGGUAGAUAAAGAGGGUAUUAAUUUUCAAAUAGAUUAGGUACGUAUAUUUUUAUAAACAUAUGCUUCAUUAGGUUGUAAACCAAAUUCGUUUUUUAGGUUAUACUAAAGAGAUUAUCAGGGCCCAACACUCGCGUCUAUCAUUAAGUGUGAAAUGAAAAGAGGCUAAGACUGUGACUUUAGUGUUAAACUAGUCAAAGCUAAGCUUAUUGUCGAAUUCCACUUCAUGAUGACCCUGAUAACCAUUAUAGCAUGCAUGUGAUUUUUGAAUGUCGCCCCCUAAAAUGAAACCUCCCUAACUUGGACUAUGAUCAGAGGCGACUCCAUUGAAACGUCAAGCGUCCAUUCUAAGCGAGAUAUAAAGCUAAAGUCGGUUGAUAUGAAGAUGUGUGUCCUUAGAAUAAAUAAAAAAAUAAGAAUCGUUGAAAGAAUGCAUACGCUUUAUAUCUGGCUUUUGGAAAAAUCCAGAAUAGGACCAUGGAAACAUAUCAUUGUAAACAUAGAUGUAGGUAAAGAAUACAUAUCAUAGAUUAUAAUCUGUAGUAGAUAAAGUACAAUUAUUUUAAUAUGAUCGGUAUUGUAGUGUACGACAUUUUAUAGACCCUUUUAGUAUGUACUUUUUCGUCAUUAAAGGAACUAUAUAACAAAAUGAAAAGCAUAGUUAUAACGGUGCUGCACUUGAAUCCAGAUACAUAUCAAAAUUAAUGUGAUUAUUAAAUAAAUGUUAGAUUUAUUGUAUGUUACUUAUUUUAGAGUAAUAAGUAGAAAAGAAUUAACACCGUAGAUAUUAAAUUCGAUCCCAUUAGAUUUCCAAAUUCUAUUAUCACUCGUUUUUAACAUCUUAAUAAUAUUGGUGUUGUAAUGUUAGAACUUUUGUCAAAUGCGGGCUAAUAAGACAACGAAUUAAUGAUAAUGUCUCAAUUCCAAUGAGAGGGGUGAGGUACACGAUGUAAUAUUGGGAGUUUAAUGACAGGAAAUGUAACCAUUGGCAAUUUAAUUCCAAAUUAUUAGAUGCCUGUUUAAAUAAUAAUUUAAACUUACCCAAUUACGAAUGCUAUCGCAAUUACACGAUUCUUUGAAGGGUUAUAAAAUCAAAACACGCGCGUAAGAAUAAACAUGGCCGUCGCAUGCAAUGUUGCCAGUUUAUUAUUGUUAAAGUAAAUGCAGCCUGUAUUUGCCAGAAGUUUAUACCUAAAACCACAAUAGAUCUUCUAGAUAUUUUCAAUCGCCAAAUCUUAGUCUCAAAUCACAAUGUUUCAGUGUGUACCUAUCAGUAGUAAAUAUAUUCUCUCUCCGUUAGAUCUAAAUUCAUAUUACUAUUUAGCUACCUACACGUAGUUAGUUUAAGACAAUUUUUAUGAAUAUCAAUGGUUUUAGUAAUAUAGGUUUAAUUUUAACUUGCGUCGGAUUCUCUUAAUAUUCAACAAAAUGGCGAUCUUUGAACUCUGUUAGAUAAUAUUAUGUGUUUUGAAGUAAGUAUAAAUGGCUUAUUGUUCUUAAAUAACAAACCAAUAAAUGAAUCAUCUUGAA